AUGGAUUCCUCGCUGCAUGAGGUUUGGCAAGCUGCUGCUGGCAGUCCAUUCCUCCCCGCCGUUGGCAAGGGUAGCCAGUUUUUCGUCGGCUUCUUCCUCCUAGUUCUAGGCAUUCUAGUCACGGGAGUCUUUGCGCUGAACCGAUCGUUCGUCAACGUCCCACUUCUCGGAAUACCUGCCUCCCUCGCCAUUGCAUACGGAACUGUCUAUAUGUUCUGCGCGGUCGGAGUCUACGUCUAA